CCGAGCGCCGGGCGCGAGAGGGUGGCUGGCUGUGGGAGCGCGUGCUGCGGGGUCUGUGCGGGAGCGGCCGCGGCCGCCGUUGAUCUUAUGAAUUCCAAAAUGAAACAGAAACUGACCGCAGAAAAGUCCUCAGGAUCUUUGCAGAAGUACCUCACAGAUAGCACAUGCAGUGCUGCCUCAAGACAGACUCUUAAGAUGAUCCAGCCUUCAGCAGCAGGUAGCCUGGUUGGCAGGUGUAAUGAGAAGAAAUCUUCAGUCAGAAGGAAACUCUGGAAUAACAAAUUUGCCUCAAAGGCUUGUAAAGCUGAGGUGCCUGUGGACAAGGAGCAAGAAAAUGAGAAUGAUGUCAUCCAAGCUGAAGAUCUCAUUAUGAAAGGAAAUCCUUCAUCUCAGUAUUGGAAAGAAGUGGCUGAAGAAAGGAGGAAGGCUCUGUAUGAAGUGCUUCAAGAAAAUGAAAAGUUGCACAAAGAAAUCGAGCAGAAGGAUAAUGAAAUUGCCCGCCUAAAAGAAGAAAAUGAAGAGCUCAUGUCCCUUGCUGAGCAUGUGCAUUAUAUGACCAGUGUGAUUGAGAGGCUAACUGGGCAAGCACCUGACAAUCUUGAGACACUGGAGGGUCUGGCUCUGGAGGAGGAGGAAUCCAGACAGGAAAAUGAAGAGCAUAACUGUGGAGAUGAGGCAGACAGCCCUUCUGAAGAAGAGCCAUCACAAGUAUUGUCUGGCUUAAGGGAGAAUAAACCAGAUCUGCCUUCAGAGGAAGCAAGCCAUUUGCAACUGGAAUGACAUCUUUUAAAUAGGCUUAUGUAUGUGGCUUUUAAUUGCAGACUUCCUCUUGAAAGGGUAUACUAAACCUCAGGUAUAGAAACUCUUGUGGGAACAUUACAGAUGUUGGUAUUUUUAACUGGAAUUAUGUAGCAGUGGGAGGAGUAUCUGAAUACUGCAUGGCAAAUUUACUACAGGCUGCGUGUAGUUGCUUGUAUGAAAGGCAAAUACUGCGUAUUUCAACUGUUGUGUAAAUAUCUUUCUUAUCAGUUGGUCUGACGUGAUGCAUGAAAAUUGAUAAAUAAAUCUUUUCGUUUCCAAAACAGCCUCUUAAUUGACAAGGGAAUGGCUAAUCCUAGGGUUAAAUCAGUUAUGACUACUGUAGAUGGAAGCUUCCAAGUUUCUGGAGGGAAUGCAUGGGUGAGUUUUUAACUCUUUACAUUUGCAGAGUUCUGAAGAACAAAGUUGCUUUCUUGGUAGAUAGAGUGGAGGGGGGAAGCAAAAAUUUGUGUGCUGUUGGUGAGGUUUCAGGAAAUCAAGACUGGGUAAUAAAAGUCAAAAUCCAAAGGUGAGUUAGAUUUGAUUUUUCAGAUUUUUUAGAAUUAAUUUCCUCUGCCUUCUAAGGAAACAUAGAGACAGAAUGAGAGCUUAAGUAGGAAAUAUGAGACCAGUUAUUUUAGUAAUACUUCCAUUGACUUAUGAAGAGAAGGUGGUGUGUUCUUGAUCCCAGUAGCAGCUGUGUUGAAAACUAGGUGGAGACAAAGCAGCCUGUUCUUCAGAGCUAUUCUGAAAGGAAACUUGACUAGUUUUCAAGGUCCUGCCAUGGUAUUCACCAAGAUAUGAGACACCCUUUUAGCAAGGUACUUAGGUUCUGACGGUUUACAGGAACAGAAAGCAGUCUUUAAAACCUUGAGCACCUUAUCUGGCAUCUGCAUGGGCUGUGAUGGAGCAGGAGGGUAAGCUGGAUGCACAUUUUCUGUAACAUGGCCUUCUAAGGAGAGGCUUUAACAAUGGUGGCUGUUGCCGUAUCUUGAGCUUAAAGCUGAGUGCCUUUCAGGAGGCAGAAGUUAUUAGAAGGAUCCUGGCUGGUCUAUCUGGCCUUGCCAAAGAUGCUUGCUUCAGGGUAUGUGUGAAUGACUCUGGAGCUAUCAGAUUGGCACCUUUAUAUUCCUUCUGUUUCACUUGCUGUGGCUGUUGAUAAGUUAAGAGAUGUUUUACAACAGAUUUAAAUUGUGACAUCCAGGAAAUGCAGAAACCAUUGCAGCAGGCAAUACCUCAAAAAAUACCUUUACCUGGUAAAACCAGCACAGCAUGUUAGCUAGAAAAUGAGGCAUCACAGUUUUUUGUGAACUUUGUAAACACAAGAUUGCAUCUUCCAAUGUGUGCUCCAGAGGGUGCUUAGACAUACUCCUUUCCAUCACACAGCUGAAAAGGUGACAAAGGUGUGUCCUUUAUCUCGAACUGGUGCUGUCUUGAAGGAAAAACAAAAUCUGGGUGCUGAGCAAAUGCUUUGUAGAGCAAACUAAUUUUUCUGUUAAGGAGAAGUGGAUAAUGCUUGUUAAGUGACUUAUACCUCAGAUUCUAAGCAACUUUCUUAACAAAGUAGUUUAACAUUAGUAAAUAAGGAAACAUAAGUUUAAUUCUGAUAUAAUCGGUUUUUGCAGUUCAAUUUAGUUAUUCAUUGUUAACUCUAAUUUUUUUAGCGGUGGCUUUAUUUUUUAAACAUCAGGCAUAUUGCAUUUGCAGAGGCUGUGGAAGGGAAGAAAGGACUGUGCUGUAACUAGCAGACCAAAAUGAGGCAGCGAGUGCAACUUUUCCACUAUUUCACUUCUUGCUCUGUGAACUCCUGUAGUACAGGUGCUGUUGUUGGAACAGACCUGCCAGAAGGAGACUAAACCAAAAUUUGUGUGCAGUAUCUGCAUCUGUGUUUCUUAUCUUCAGGUCAAUCAAGAGGAAUGCUUAUUGUGUUUAAAUCUUAUGCUUUUUCUGGAUUGAGUUUAUUUAAAUAAAAGAUUUGACAGUC